UGAGUCUUAAGCUCAAUUUCAUGACUUCAUUAUUUGGGAGAAAACAUUUCGACCUAAAUCAAAACGAAAAAAAGCAGUAAUUCGUGGAUUGCUCGUUUUCAUUCUUUAAGCAAUAAUCCUCUAAAAUUCUUAUUGGAGUGAAUUACUACAAAAUGUCAGAAACUAGAGUUACUAGAAGGUCACAGAGGCAACAGGAAGCUACGGGGAAUGGUUUGAAUAAGCGUGAGCUUGAAGACCAUGAAGCUCCUGUUUCGACCAAACCAUCAAAAAAGCGAGUCAAGGUUUCUAGCGGUCCUAAACCAGUAAGGACUACCGGAAAAAAAAUAAACAGCAUUCCUUCUCUUCCUACCGAGUUGUUAGACGUUUUUGUUUUUGGCACUGGUUCCAUGAAUGAACUCGGCAUGGGUGAUUUAGAAGUCGACGUUGCUUAUCGACCACGUCUUAACCCAAAUUUACCAAGAGAUAAAAUUGGUGUGGUUGAUUUGGCAGUUGGUGGAAUGCACUCAGCUGUACUUUCUCAUGACGGCCGCGUUUUUACAUGGGGUGUUAACGAUGACUUUGCCUUGGGUCGUGCUACGAAAAACCAAACUGACGCAGAAGGAAAUGCAAUUGACAAUGAUUUGUUAGAAGGAACCCCUAAUCAAGUUACUGGUGCCAUUGAGCGCCUGAAAGUCACUAAAGUUUGUUGCAGCGAUAAUCUUACUACUGUUGUCACAGAAAAUGGCAGCUGCUUCAGUUGGGGUACUUUCCGUUGUUCCGAUGGUGUUUUAGGGUUCAACGCUACCACUAAACGUGCCCCAGAACCUGUUCAAAUGCCUCUUCCUGAAGUUGCCCAAGUUGCUGCUGGAACUGAUCACAUUCUUGCCUUGACAACAACCGGAAGAGUAUACACUUGGGGAAAUGGCCAGCAGUGUCAACUUGGAAGGCGCAUGAUGGAUCGUCGUCGACUUCAGGGCUUGAAGCCAGAGCCUCUUGCCCUAAAAAAUAUAGUGGCCGUUGGUGCCGGGGCUUAUCAUUCCUUUGCCAUAAAUAAUAAGGGAAAAGUUUAUGCAUGGGGUUUAAACAUGACAAAGCAAUGCGGUAUUGUCGAUGAAGAAGAAGAAGAAGAAGGUAUUGUUACCAAACCUACUUUAGUAGAGGCGUUGGAACCUUAUAAAGUGAAAGCAAUUACUGGUGGUGAACAUCAUACCCUUGCAUUAUUAGAAGAUGGACGAGUAUUGGCUUGGGGUCGUCAUGAUCGUCAUCAGCUUGGUAUACCCGAUGAUGCAUUGCCUGAAUCGCUUACCAAAGACGAAAAGGGCUACAAUUAUACUGUUUCCACCCCUACUAUCAUUCCUGGCAUUUCAAAUGUUAUACAAAUAUGCUGCGGUACUCACCAUAGUUUGGCAGUUACCAAUGAUGGUAAGCUUUAUUCAUGGGGAUCGUCUGAGAAUUAUGAGGUUGGCCAAGGUGACACUGAUGAAGAGAUUCAAGUUCCUACACUUGUUCGCUCUAAGGCUAUUAAGACCGCUAGUGUCCGUGUAGCAGGUGCUGGCGGUCAAUUUUCGGUAGCCGCUGGUGUUCCCGGUGAAUUGGAUACAGAAUCUUCUGAAACUGGAGUAAAGACUGAAAAUGAAGUUAAAUCAGAAGAAAAAGAUACUUCUGCUCCAUUAAAGCAAGAAAAUGAAGAAUCGAAGCCUGUUACGACUGAGUCUACGGAAAUGCAGAUUGACCAGCAACCACCUACCGCCGAAGACCAAACAACUAUACAGAGUACUGAAGAAAAAAAGGAAUCUGCUGAAGAACAGGAAUCUACGUCUACUUAAUAUUGAUUCAUCUAUAUUUUAAACUAAAAA